CUAAUUUCUGACUUGUACCGCAACUCGUUCAUUUUCCUCUCAGUAUAUUGUUUGUCAGUUUGAGAAGUGGUCGUGCUUAGAAAUUGAAUUAAAAAAAUAUAGUUUUGUUUAGUGAAACAUGACAUAUUAACACGGACAUAAGACAUAACAAGGCUAAGAGCGGCCGCAGACGGACGUCUUGAAAAAAAACAAGUGCUCGAAUACAAAUAAAAAAAAAAAAACAGUGAUAAAAAACAUGGUGGUCAAAAUAACAAGUCAAGUGGCAAAUAGUGCGAAAAAAGAAGACAGUUUAGCGAAUUUGUUAGGGGAUUUUGGAAAAUGGCAGCUCAUAGUCUUUGCAUCAGUGUCGCUAGUGAAAUUGAGUUCAGGAUGGGUGCAAAUGGCGAUAUUGUUUCUCACACCGAACCUCACAUUCAGGUGUGCGGAUCUAGGAAAUUACACGGAAGAGAUAAUGAACAAUACUUGUUAUAAAGACUGUGGUAAAUAUGAGUAUGACACGAGUCCCUUCGAUAAUACUAUUGUGUCUGAAUGGGACCUCAUCUGUGAGCGGCGGUGGCUGGCCAGCUUCAACCAGACUGUGUUACAAGUCGGCGUCCUGAUUGGCAGCACCAUAUUUGGAUUUUUGUCCGACAGGUAUGGCCGCAAAAACUCUUUCUUGGUGGCAAUAUCCACCCUGAUCCUCUUCGGUUUGGCGAUGCCAUUCUCGCCAAACUACCUGGUGUUCACGAUACUGCGGUUCCUCACUGGCCUGGCGACGUCCGGCACCAUGGUGGUGUCGUUCGUGAUGGUCAUGGAAGCCGUGGGGCCCAGGUACCGAGAGGUCACUGGAUGCCUGUUCCAGAUACCUUUCAUUAUUGGUCACAUGACGAUCCCCCUGUUCGCGUAUUACUUCAGGAGUUGGAACACGUACCUGCUGGCGCUGGGCAUCCCUCCCCUGAUCUACUUGGGCUACUUCUUCGUGCUGAACGAGUCUCCGCGGUGGCUGGUCAGCGUUGGAAGGGUGAAGGAAGCCACUGAUAUUGUCACCAGAGCUUGUAUCUUAAACAACAGACCAACAGCGAAAGUCGAAGAAACGCUAACACAGAUGUCAAAGGAGAUCGCAGCUAAAGCUGAUGAACCGAAGCCCAACUACCUGGACCUGUUCAAGAAGUACCUGCUGUUGAAGACUUUCUGCUGCUGCAUCAUGUGGGUGAUCACCGGCAUCAUCUUCUUCGGCUUCAACCAGUACAUCAGUCAAACCAGUCCCGAUCCCUUCAUCAGCGUAGCUUUGGCUGGUGCUAUACAGUUCCCCUCCAAUCUACUCUCGAUCUGGCUCAUCAGGAAGUUCGGCCGAAGACUCACCGUCUCCAUAUCCUUCAUCAUGCAAGGAGUCUUCAUCGUGAUCCUGUACUUCGUGCCCAAGAUCUUCGCUGUGACCCUCACCCUUGGCACUUUAGGAGUCAGCUGUUCUGCUAUCGCUGCUGCGACGAUCUACAUCUAUACUUCGGAGCUUUACCCAACUGUGCUCAGGAAUAUGGGGCUGGGAGCUUGUUCCACUGCAAUGAGGAUAGGCUCCAUGGCUGCUCCCUUCAUCUCCAACACUUCGACAACCAUACCUUGGUUACCUACCGCCAUAUUUGGAACAACGCCAAUAUUAGCUGGUCUGGUGGCUCUCUUGCUUCCAGAGACCAAAGGCAGGAGUCUACCAGAUAGCAUUGAGGAUGUGAGAACCACUGACUGAGUGGGUUUGAUGUGGUGACGUGAUAGAACAAUUUUGACGUGGUCGUAUUUUUUUCAUGUACUGUGUGGUUCUACGUUUACAAAACGAGUGGGGACUUGGAACAUUAUCGUCCGAUUCAAUUAUAGAAAAUAGCUGAAAGAGAAAUAAACAUAGCAAUGAUAACAUCAAGUGGAGUAGUUAAAACGUAUUUAGAGUUACAAGACUACCUAUAUUUUUUCAAUGAACAUAUUCUUUUGUCCAAAUCCAUACAGUAAUGAUUUUCUCAUAUGAAGAUCAUAUGCAUUUAAUGUAUUAAAAAACCUGAAUGUAUUAUAAUGCAUUUAUAAUACAUUUCGUUUUGUAGGUAGCAACUAAGUGAGAAAUACGAUUUGUGAUAAAUAAGUUAAUAAAUGUGAUAUUUUAACGAUUUAGCUGCAAUUCUAUACCUGAUGUCAAAAGACUGGUUCCGAAAAUGUAUACAGGUGAUAAUUUUGGUGAUAACGAAUGGAAUACUACAAAAUAAAAACGAGUUUUCUUAUUAUCGGCGGGUGGCCCCAACUACGGUUAACAUUUUAAUAAUGAAACUAUUUUUUGUUCUAUUCGUUUCGUUAUUACCAGAAUUAUCACCUGAAUACAUUUUCAGGAGCGAUAUUUAUACAUCAGGUAUAAAUACUUAGUUACAGUUUUAUGAUUCCACUUUCAAAUAUGUAUAGAUACAUAAUAAUAUUUUAGCCGACUUGGAAAAUUCUUUUUCUACCUGACUGCCUCGUUGGUCAUAUAAUCGCAAGUGCGACUAGAAAAGGGGUGUCAGGUUCGAUUCCCGGUCGGGAAAACGUUAUUAAGGUUUUUUCGGUUUCUCGAAAAUGACUGAAUAGUAGCACGGAGUCUGGAAUUGUGCCCAGUAUAUGUCAAUUGGAUCACCCCCUGUUACAUGGGACUUAAAACAUAAAUUGUGAAAAGUGAGUGCCGUAAUGUGCACCUCUGUCUACCUCUUCAAGGAUAAAAGGCGUGACGUUGGCGUAAAAAAGAAUUUCUUGAAGUGAUUUAACUUUGUACCAAGGUAUAAAUCAACUACAUACAUGAAUAUUCUCUUAUGUUAGUGAGUAUGUCUACUUAGUAUUUAAAUAGUAAUAAAUUAAUAAUUAAGUUGUAAUUGUUAGUGUAAUAUAUCGUUAAGAAUAUAAAGUGCCUUAUUACUAAGUGCUAAGCUAAGUUCUCGAGUUUGAAACCGUGAUCGUACAAAGUGAUAAGUUUUA